GGUAGCUGUUGUGACGGGUUUACUACAAAUUUUUGCGGUUUUCCUACCAAAAUGGCAACGAGAACGGAAGAAGUAAAUUCCGGAGAUAUGGUUCGCAAAGGGAAAGAGCUUUGGAAGGCUCUCCGAAAUAAUCCUAAUGACAAAGAAAGAGUUAACGAGCUCCUCAGAAACGGAGCGCCUCCGAACUUCCGAGAUCCCGAUAAAACGCAGACAAACUGGACUCCCCUCCAUUUUGUUGUAAAUGACAGAGAGGGUGAUAUGGAGCUUGUCAAAAUGCUGUUAGAACAUGGAGCUGAAACCAACCUGGGUGAUUCUUUUGAUUUAACGCCCCUUCACUUGGCAGCUGAGAAAGGAUACUCGGAGACUGUGGAGACAUUUUUAAACAAUCCGCAUAGUCCAGCUGACCGCACCAAGACAAGCCAUGGGAAGGAAACAGCACUCGAUAUUGUUGAGAGGAGAUUUAAAGAAGAACGAACUGAAGACGCUUUGCUUAUAGAACUCAAAAAAGUUGUAAGUCAUUUGCAAAAUGACCAAGUUGCUGAUUAUCUUUUUGUUGAUGGCCCAUCCAGCUUAACAAUCAAUGUGCCACCAGCUUCACCCGUAAAUUUGAACGUCGAAACAGCACGUCUUCUUGUUGUGGGAGAUCAUAAUACAAUACGUAACGAUGAUAGGAACUAAGUGAGUGGUUAUACUUCCAACCAGAGAGAACUUUACUGCUUUAGAAGGCCGUAAACGUUAUCUCCACCGUUGUAUGGCAUAUAUGGCUAUUUGAAAACUGUAUCAAUAAUGUUUAAAUUUGAAAACGACGCCGACAUUUUGAAUUUUGCUUCGCAAUCUGUUUAUCACUAACCUGUAACAUACCUUGACUCUGAAGCGUUUCAAUUUGAACUAGAGAGCGAGUUAGGUGGAUUUGAAGAGCCCAAAGUCAUACCAAGAUAAGUUCUUCCGUUUUACAGUUUACUCUUCCCAUUUUCAAAUGUUAAUGCACGUUUUCAGACAUGAGUUGCUUCUAUGAUUUUAUGCU